AUGACAAGAAACAAUACAUCUACUAUCACAAGACACAAUCAAAGACAUACUGACGGCUCAAAAAGCUGGAUAGUACAAAAUGAUAGCACAAUUGCACAAAAGUAUAUCAAGAAGUUCGAAACUUUGACUGGUAAACUACAAAAUGAAACGGCGGUGGUAAAAAAUCUUUCAGCAACCUCAGGUUUAGGCAAGUGUUCAAAAUCAAGUAAUAGGGACUCGGGUCUUAAUCAUGCAUCCUAUGAAGGGAGUUACGUUGGAAGUGAGGCAAACAGUUGCCCUGAUGAACCAAAAACCACUGAAGAUGAACCGCCUUCAAAGAUGCAGAAUUCAUUCCAAUUCUGGACCAAGCACACUGCGCGUGAAUGCAAAGAGCAAACAACAAAGCUGUAUCUCAUUUCAGAAGGAACCAAAUACAACGAUACCAAACAGAGAACCAAACAUGGAAAACAUGAAGAGUAUGUUGCAAAAGAUAUUGAUAUCGGUGGAUGCCAACAGGAAAACAGACAGUGUGCCUGUACAUGUUCAGUCAGAUCCUAA